UUCUCAACCUCAAUUCCACCUAAACCUACCACUCACAUAGCCAAAUCAUUCACCCAUCAUGGCAUCACUCGUCGACACCUUGACUGCCUCUGGGGGCACAGAACCAGCAGGAUUCCUCAAUGACAUUGUUGAGCAGCUGUGGCCUAACAUCAAUGUUGCGGGCGCCCAAAUUGCAAAGGAUGUCGUUGAACCCAUCCUUGCCUCGACCCUUCCAGGUCCUCUUUCUAGUCUGCAUUUCGUCAAGCUCGACCUUGGGCACGUCCCCAUUCGAUUCUCAAAUGUAGACGUCCACAAGACCACGACUCAGGGUAUCAAGCUCGAUAUGGACCUCGACUGGGAGGGUGUAUGCGACAUUGAGCUCGAUGGGAACCAUGUUCCUAAGAUAGGCAUCGAAAAGGUGCAGCUGAAGGGCAGGCUUAGCGUUCUACUCUGUCCCCUGACGAACAUCAUUCCCUUGAUCGGGGCUGCGCAAGUGGCCUUCAUCAACCCACCGAGUCUAAAGCUUGACUUCACCAAUGCUGCCAGCAUUGCCGACUGCUUCUUGAUCGAGAAAGCCGUACGGAACACCAUCCUUGGCAUCAUUUCGGGCAUGGCUGUACUGCCCAACCGCUUUCUUGUCAAGCUCGACGCCAACAACGACUACUUCAAAACUUACCAACCUCACCAUGGCAUCCUGCGUCUGACAGUCGAGAAGGCAACUGGAAUAACCGCUCCCAAGAAGAAGAGCGGUGCUUCGAGACUCCUCGCUAAGAUUGUCAAGGAUGUGCCUGACUGUUAUGUCAAGGUCAAGAUCGGUGCUGAGGAGGAGUGGCGCACCUCGGUUCAGAAGAACAAUCAAGAGCCAGUAUGGAAUGAGACUCACGAUUUCUUAGUGACGGAUUACGAGCAGAUCAUUUCUCUUGACAUCCAGGACGACGAUUUAGGUGGCGAUGACGACAUAGGCCUCGGCUCCACCACCGUCAAGGACAUCUUGCUGAAGGGUGGCUCACAAGAUCUGACUCUUGUCCAUAAAGGCGAUCCCACUGACGCCAAGCUGACGGUACACGCGAAGUUCUACAACUUCGUUGCUGAUGCACAGUUGUUAUCCGCGGCGGGUAGCGAAGUUCAGAGCAAGGAUCAGAUCUGCGGAAUUGUCACGAUCCUGGUCGCCAGCGCUCUCGGCCUCCAAGGCCAGCGUGAUGAGCUGAACCCGAGCAUUAGGGUGACCUGGGGCGACAAGAACUUCUUGACUGCAGCCAAGACCUACACCCCGGGAGUGGACAUCUUCAACCCAUCUUUCGACCAGGCUUUCCGGAUUCCCUUGACGGCAGGCAUGGUUGCCAACCCGGAGGCGGUUGGAAACUUCAAGAUCUCGCUGAUGAACAAGAAAGUCGAGAGUGGAAGUGCUGAGGUGGCUUUCCAGGACGUGCUUGGCGCUCCUGGCUUGGUGAGGGAGGACAGUUUUGACGUUGGCUCCGGUGCCGUGGUGAGAGCCAGCAUCUCUAUACAUGGAAUUCAACUGGCAAAUUGA